CCGACUUCCGGUUCCUAGGGAUGCGCAUCCGGGUCACCCUAACGCCGCCGUUUCCUCCAGCGGCUUGGUUCUCCUGUGUGUUUGGACCGGUCCCCAUGUCCUACUGUGGGGCCUCUGCAGCCUUUGGACUGUGAAGACUGCUGAGAGACGCUUGCAAUCCAGUCACGUAAGCGUAAUAAAGAAAUAUUGGUCCUCAUGGAAGAAGAGCAAGAUUUACCAGAGCAACCAGUGAAAAAAGCCAAGAUGCAGGAAUCAGGAGAACAAACUUUAAGUCAAGUAAGCAACUCCGAAGUCAAUGAUCAGAAACCGGAAACUUCAAGCCUUGCUUCAAACCUUACCAUGUCAGAGGAAAUUAUGACAUGCACCGAUUACAUCCCUCGCUCAUCCAAUGAUUAUACCUCACAAAUGUAUUCUGCAAAACCUUAUGCACAUAUCCUCUCAGUUCCUGUUUCGGAAACUGCUUACCCUGGGCAGACUCAGUACCAGACACUGCAGCAGUCUCAACCCUAUGCUGUCUACCCUCAGGCAACCCAAACAUAUGGACUACCUCCUUUCGGUGCAUUGUGGCCAGGUAUGAAACCUGAAAGUGGUUUAAUUCAGACUCCAUCUCCAAGUCAACACAGUGUUCUUACCUGCACUACAGGGUUAACCACAAGCCAGCCAAGCCCAGCACAUUAUUCUUAUCCCAUUCAAGCUUCAAGCACAAAUGCCAGCCUGAUACCCACUUCAUCUACUAUUGCCAAUAUUCCAGCAGCAGCAGUUUCCAGCAUCUCAAACCAGGACUAUCCCACCUAUACUAUCCUUGGUCAGAGUCAGUACCAGGCUUGCUACCCCAGCUCCAGCUUUGGAGUCACAGGCCAGACUAACAGUGAUGCCGAGAGUACCACCUUAGCAGCAGCCACAUACCAGACGGAGAAGCCUAGUGUCAUGGUACCUGCACCUGCAGCACAGAGACUUUCCUCUGGAGACCCUUCUACAAGCCCAUCUUUGACCCAGACUACACCAAGUAAAGAUGCUGAUGACCAGUCCAGGAAAAACAUGACUGGCAAGAACCGGGGCAAGAGGAAAGCUGAUGCCACCUCUUCCCAGGACAGUGAAUUAGAACGGGUAUUUCUGUGGGACUUAGAUGAAACCAUCAUCAUCUUCCACUCCCUUCUUACUGGAUCCUAUGCCCAGAAGUAUGGAAAGGACCCAACAGUAGUGAUUGGCUCAGGUUUAACAAUGGAAGAAAUGAUUUUUGAAGUGGCUGACACACAUCUAUUUUUCAAUGACUUAGAGGAGUGUGACCAGGUGCAUGUGGAAGAUGUGGCUUCUGAUGACAAUGGCCAAGACUUGAGCAACUACAGUUUCUCAACAGAUGGCUUCAGCGGCUCAGGAGGUAGUGGCAGCCAUGGUUCCUCUGUGGGUGUCCAGGGAGGUGUGGACUGGAUGAGGAAAUUGGCUUUCCGGUACCGAAAAGUGAGAGAAAUCUAUGAUAAGCAUAAAAGCAACGUGGGUGGUCUCCUCAGUCCCCAGAGAAAGGAAGCACUGCAGAGACUAAGAGCAGAAAUUGAAGUUUUAACAGAUUCCUGGUUAGGAACUGCAUUAAAGUCCUUACUUCUCAUCCAGUCCAGAAAGAAUUGUGUGAAUGUUCUCAUCACUACAACCCAGCUGGUUCCAGCUCUGGCCAAGGUUCUCCUAUAUGGGCUAGGAGAAAUAUUUCCUAUUGAAAAUAUCUACAGUGCUACCAAAAUUGGUAAGGAGAGCUGCUUCGAGAGAAUUGUGUCAAGGUUUGGAAAGAAAGUCACAUACGUAGUGAUUGGAGAUGGACGAGAUGAAGAAAUUGCAGCCAAACAGCACAACAUGCCCUUCUGGAGGAUCACAAACCACGGAGACCUGGUGUCCCUCCACCAGGCUUUGGAGCUUGAUUUUCUCUAAGAACUGGAAUGAAGAACCUUCCCCAUGAGCUCCUUUUCACUCCUAAAGGGAGCCAGAGACCGGAACCAACUGGGAAUUCACUCUCUUUCUCCAUGGAAUGCUGGCGAGAACACAAUCAAAACCAACAGUUGCGAGAGAUGAAGCUUAUUUUUGCUAAGAGUGAGCUGCAGCCCUGUAUCCAUCCUCGCAUAGGAGCGGGAGACAGUUGGAUUGAGAGAACAAUAGAUUCACCACAGCUACAGUGCUUUUAAUUCUUCUGGGUUUUGUUUUGUUUUGUUUUGUUUCAAAAAAUGAAGAAAAAGAAAAGGAAAUUCUUGGGGCAGAGUUGCACUCUGUGUCCUUGACCAGAUUGAGAACUGCUGUUAACUUGUGGUGAUAGGAUAAAUGCAGCAGACUUUUAUAAUAACAUCUCUUACAGUCUUUGUAAUCUCCUUAGCUGUAGGACAUAUUCCCAGUGAAUGUAUAUGUUAUUUUUAUAGGUAAGGGUCUGGUCUCUGAAGCAGGUCCCCCCCCCCCCACCCUUUCUUUUUCUAGCAAGAAAGGGGUGUGUAAAGUUUCCUUGGAAAAUUGUAACUGAAAUAUCUGAGAUACCUCUCUGACAGUAGCACCUCCUCAGCUGCUCCAGUGGUCUUCUCUCUAGGGUGGGUUCCUUCCCACUCUUCCAUCUCCUAGGUGGCUGAACUGUGGAGCAUGGGACACUGAUGAACUUUAGACUUUGCUAUGUCCCCUCCUAGAAGCCUUAGUCCCCUUUCCAAUCCCUCUUUCCGUUUCACCAAGUGGCACAACCCUAGAAACUCCUUGUCUUAGACAGUAAAAUGUAAGCCUUCAGCUUGACUCUUAGUCGAAGAGUAUGACCCAGGGGGCUUACCUCCAAACUGGAGAGAAGAACUAAGGCUCCUUAGGAAUUUCUACUUCUUUGGCUCUUGAAACAGGAAGAUUCCACCUUUUCCUCCUGCAGAGAAGCACCCUUCCCCAACAGAUGCCCACCCUACCACCCCCUCAUCCUUCUUAGUCCUUAGUGCUGGGCUCUUGCCCCUUUCCUGCCCUCUGUACCUCAUAUCCACCCCCAUGCAGCUCUGGCCAGUCCCCAGGCUCUGGACCCAAAUAAUCAAAUCAAGUCUGAGAAAAGGCUCGUAACCACAUUUUGGCCAAAACUAUGAAGGGAUUUGACUUCCUUUGAGUCCUUUGAGCCUUUUGAAAGGUGUUCUGGGCAUAUAUUUACCCAGAUCUCGACCUGAAACUGAAGAGCAGGUUGCUGUGAUCAAAAACCCAGUUUUCGCGUGGAAUACCCUUCCCACUUCUCAAAUCCCAUUCUAAAAUUGGAAACCAGAAGGCCAGAAAGACUUCCUGUUUUAAUUAGGUUGUACACCCACUACUCCAUGCCUGAAAACUCAAUCUUGGGCCAAUGCAGGAACAUCUCUCAACCUGACCUCCGGGAAGAUUGGUGGGUGCCCAGGCACUAGUCGCAGCCUUCAGUCCAGCUGUAUUUGUGGAUGCCCCAUCCCUCCAGGACCAGCCUGGGCAUCUGCUCAGACAGAAUAAACUCCCUCGGAGCUGAGGAAGUUCAGCCUGUCCCAGGUUGCACAGAAAGCGGUGAUUUUAUAAGCACCUCAGAGAGAUGCAGUCUGGGUCCUUAGUAGGAGGCAUCCUUGACCAACCCCAGCUAUAACUGCUUGUACUCAGAGAUUCUGCAUAUCCAUUUUCAGAGAUGUUGCAGCACAAAGGGGCCAGAUUCCUUCUACCCAGAAAAAGGCUGGUAUAUACAUUCCUUCAGAAUUGAUUGUGAAAGUGCUUCAUGACUCAGUUUUAGGGAGGAAGUUUUUGGAAAAGAGCUCAAGUCAAUGCUCAUUAUUUAGCUGCCUCUUUGGCCUGUUUCCUUUGGACGGGAAAUAUGUAGUCUGAGGCCAAUCUUCUUGGUCUGAGUUCAGCGUAGUCGCCCAGAUGCUGCACUGCCUUGAUUGGUAAUUGAUCUUAGAAUAGCCUAGGGUGGGUCUUUACUUCCAGGCCCCAAGCCCUCCCUGUACUGGCAGUGGGGCUGUUGGUUUCUUGCCCUGGACAUAGGCCACCCUGUUGGUGCUGUGCUUCAGGCUGGUGAGGCUGCAGAGCGGUAUUUGCAUUGCGUGCACGCGCACACACACACGCACUUCCCUCUCCCUGCCCCCGGGAGAAGCUCUUUAUUCCUGAAAUAUGACUUGGACUCCUUUCUCAAUGGCCUUUGCGUCCUACUCUGACUGCACGGCUUAGGUCUUUGCAAAAGGAACUUGAAAUUUGCUAAGAGGUGAGGAAGCUCUCUGAGCAGUGCCAUGUUUGCUCUUUUCUGGUUGUUUGGAGGGCAGACAGAAAAUGGGAGCUUCUUGACUCCUCUUUGCCAAGGUGAUUUGUGCAGGGAACCCAGUGCUCUUCUUUGACCCUGUGUUUUCCUCCUCCCAGCACAGAGAUCUGGAGAGGAAAAUAAGUGGGCAGUAUCACGAGCUCUUGGAGGCUGAGGUCCAAAGGAUACUGUUGGUCCUUUCAUCAAGGGGGAAACCCUCUUCACUAGAAAGAGUCCCCAUGAGAUAAGCCACACAAUGAGUCCUUUUCCCAGCUGGGCACCAUGGGUUCUGUAAGAUGGAUCUGCACAUUUCGUGGUGAGAGCUAUGCCAUCUCUAGUAGGGGAUCUGGAGUUGUCAUCUGUGUCCUGGGUUUAAGAGGUGGCUUUAUUUUCGAAUGUAAAACUGUGCCUUAGCAUCACCCUGUCCGGUGCCCCUGGGGCAGCUGGUGGUGUCCAGGAGAAUGGAUGCCUGCUCCAGAUUUAGAUGCCUCUUUGGGCUUUUAUUUGGUUUGGGGUAUUCCUGUCUUCUGCUCUGCAAGUUGGGGGAGCAAAGCUAGUGUCCCAGGAGACUUGUGUCACAGCUUGUUCGCAGUUUACACAAACUUGUUCGCGUUAAAGCUCCAAUAGGAUCUGAUUGGCAAACUCCAGCUGCAGCAUAUGGAGCUUCUAGAUGUUCACUACCUUGAAUGGGUGUCAGUGCCACUGAACCAUGGGGGAGAGGAGUCGAGGGGCGGAGCCACACUCUCCUUCUUCCUGGGAGAGUGAUGGUCUAAGCCAAAGGGUGGUGAGCUUGGGGCCUUCCUCUCCUCACUCCGGCAGGAAGGGGGCAGUUAGGACCCCUCUUAAGCAGACUUCUAUUUCUUACCACUAAAUUCGUUUCUCUUCUCAUCCAAAAGUUGGAACUCCCCAAAUACUCACGCUGUAGAAGCCAAAUCUGAAUUCUGAGAUUUUGAAAUAUCUUAAAACCACAAGAGAAAAUCUAGUUCUGUCCCACCUCUGAUCAGCAGGCCCUCUGUCCCUUCUGCUCCUCUGAGUCAGACAGCUCUAGCAAGCAAGGUUACUUGGCUAGUUCCUAAUGCACUGAUGGGAGCCAUCCCAUUAAGGACGACUUCUACUCAAAACAUGACCCUCUGGACUUCAGGUGCCUCAUUUAGCAGGAAAAGGCAUUGAUUGGACAUAUUUAUGUGACUGCGGGCAUUUGUGGCUGUAGAGUCCUUGACCAUAAUGUUAUAUGUAAUGGGAACUAUCUUAUAAACUUGAAAAAAUAAAGUUUUUAUUUUCUAUGUGGUUUGCUCCUGUGUCUUUUCUGAAUAGGAUUAGCCCAGUUGCCCAGCUGAGUAGACUCCUAAGUAGGGCUUCGUAAAAAAGCUGAAGAGCUCAUUAGAAAGAUGGCACCCUUUCAAAUAACUGAGUCGUUAACUUCACCAAAAUAAACAAACAAAACUAACCAUUUGGUAUAAAUAAGUGAGAAAAUACUAAAUAUUUUUAAAUAAUUUGCAAGAGAAAUUUUAUUUCUUAAUUGUUUCUAAAAUAUAUUGCUUUUCAAAGUUUAGGACUGGAAUGCCAAGAGAUUUCAUUUGCUGUCAAAUGUGCUGAAAUUUAACUAUUAAAGAAAUCAAUACCUUGCUGUGCUGAGCUUAAGAUGCAAAAGCAAUAAAACUGACAAGUUGAU